AUGGCGGAUACAACAUCAUUCUACGAUAUUGGCGGGUAUCGUGAAAAUAUUCGACGUUAUAAGGAUGGUAUUGAACAACUUACUGAUGUCCAAACAAUGAUUAAGGAAAGGAUGGAUAUUGAAACAAAUUACAACAAAUCCUUGCAAAUUUAUUACGAUAAAUGGUCCGAUCAUGUUGAUGGUUUAGCAAAAUCAGCGAUACAGGCGGUUUGGAAAGAUGUCCUGGAGGAAAGCAUAGAAUUACAACGUCUACAUGCAAAUGUUCGAGAUCGCAUAUGUGAUGAGAUUCUGAAGACAAUUGCGCUUUAUUUAAAAGAAAAUCAUCAUCCAUCAGCAUUUCGGGCUUCGAAAGAAACGCGUGAAGUUGAAGACGAUUUUGAGAGAGCACAGCGAUCUUGGCGACGACAAUUCGAAAAAGUUGAAAAAGCCAAGAAAGCAUAUCAUGCAGCAGCAAGAUCAGAACGAUCCGCCCAAAUACAGAUGAAGAAUGCAUGUGGCGAUGCAGCACUCUCACCGGAUAUGCAGUCAAGAUAUCAUGAUCGCUAUCAAAAAUGUCAAGAUGAGCUAGCAAAAUCCGAAAAAGUUUAUCGUAUUGCACUGGAGGAUUUGUACCUCAUGAAGAAGAACUACGUGUCACAUAUGAAUGAUGUUUUCGAAGCAUGUCAAAUGAAAGAAUUGAAACGUUUGAAAUUUUCUUUCGAGAUGCUUUCCAAUCUCCAAAAAGUUUGCUCCGAUUUAGCAUCUGCUACAAAGUUGAAUCAUUUGCAUUGUAAUUUGGAAAAGAAGCUUGGCACCGAUAAUACUCGUUUCAAUAACGAUUUGGAAAAUUGGUCCAAAAAGUAUGGCCCUGAAUGUGAAACCAAAUGGCCAGUUUUUGAGCCAUUCAUACCAUCGUUGGGUUCCAUUACAUCCCGUAAAAAGAAGAAGGAUGGCGAAGUUGUUCUCAUGAAGCAAACAUUCAAAGAUGUCGAUGGUCAUAGCAAUUCAGUCUAUUCGAUCCCAAGUUCAGUUUCGCAAAAUGCUCAAUUAGCAACACCAAGUUCCAUAUCUACGAAAACGUCCAUUGUUGGAGAAGCCGUGGAUCGUACUAAUGGAAUAUUAUCGAAAAAUAAAACGGAAUCAAGUAUUAAACCAAAUUGCAAAGAACCGACUUCGUCAAUCUCGGCAAAUCCACACACUGAACAGUCUUCAUUGGUUGUUAUUGAUGUGGAUAAUGCGGGCAGUAAUCCUAGUGAAUCCUCUCCUACCGGAGAUGUUAAGCCAUAUACAGCGAAAGUACUUCAUGAUUAUGAUGCUCAAGACGAUGAUGAAUUGUCUCUCAAGAAAGGUGAGAAAAUUACUGUACUUAGUGGUCCGGAUCAUUUAAACUGGAGUCUGGGAAUGAAAGAUGAGCGAACCGGUUUCUUUCCAGCUUCAUUCGUGCAAAAGCUAUAGUAAUGUACAGGGGAAAGUAUUUUAUAUAUUUC